AACAUUUUGGCUCUCAACCCGCGGGUCACCUCCCACGCCACCUUCCAGCCCUCGGCGGUCACCAAAGCCAACAAGAAACACUGGAAGAGAAACAAAGCCAAGAACUGCUCGAGCCACUGCACCCUAGAGAAGAACUUUGAUGACAUCAAGCACACCACACUUAGUGAACGUGGUGCUCUCAGGGAGGCUGCAAGGUGCUUGAAGUGUGCCGAUGCCCCUUGUCAGAAAUCAUGCCCAACACAGCUGGACAUCAAGCAGUUCAUUUCUUGCAUUUCCAACAAGAACUACUAUGGAGCAGCCAAGAUGAUCUUCUCCGACAACCCACUUGGCCUAACCUGUGGUAUGGUGUGUCCCACAAGUGAUCUCUGUGUAGGCGGUUGCAACCUGUAUGCAACUGAGGAAGGACCGAUCAACAUAGGUGGACUGCAGCAAUUUGCAACAGAUAUCUUCCGGCAGAUGAACAUCUCCCAGAUUAGGCCUCCACACAUACCCAAAGACUUGCCAGAAAGUUAUGAUGCCAGGAUUGCCCUUAUUGGAUGUGGACCAGCUUCAGUUUCUUGCGCUACCUUUUUAGGCCGCUUAGGAUACAACAACAUUGAUGUUUUUGAGAAGAAUCAGUAUGUAGGGGGCUUGAGCUCAUCUGAAAUUCCUCAGUAUCGUCUUCCAUAUGAAGUUGUUAAGUUUGAAGUCGAUCUUAUGAAGGACUUGGGGGUGAAGGUCCAUCAUGGAAGGAAGCUUUCUAUGUCCGACAUCACAGUAAAGGGUCUACAAAAAGAAGGUUAUGAGGCCAUAUUUGUGGGUAUUGGUCUUCCCUCUCCAAAGAAAAUUGGUAUUUUUGCUGAUCUCAACAUCGACAUGGGUUUCUACACCAGCAAGGAUUUCUUACCUUUGGUCACUGCUGCAAGUAAACCAGGAAUGUGUGCUUGUAAGGCACAGCUCCCCUCAGUCAAGGGUGUGGUUCUGGUUCUCGGUGCUGGUGACACUGCCUUUGACUGUGCAACAUCUGCUCUUCGAUGUGGUGCAAAGCGUGUGUUUGUAGUGUUCAGGAAGGGCUUUACAAACAUACGUGCUGUACCGGAAGAAAUGGAACUGGCAAGAGAGGAAAUGUGCGAGUUCCUGCCCUUCCUCUCUCCGCGGAAGGUGAUUGUCAAGAAUGGCCGCGUGUCUGCAAUGGAAUUUGCUCGCACAGAACAGACUGAAGAUGGCUCUUGGAUUGAAGAUGAGGAUCAGAUUGUGCGGCUGAGGUGUGACUAUAUUAUCUCUGCAUUUGGAUCAGGCCUAACAGAUGAUGACAUCAAAUCUGCUUUGGCUCCGGUUAAGCUGAAUCGUUGGGGCCAGCCGGAUGUUGAUAACCUUACCAUGUCAUCUAGUGAACCAGGAGUAUUUUGUGGAGGAGAUAUUGCAGGCAUUGCAGAAACAACAGUUGAAAGUGUCAAUGAUGGAAAGACUGCCGCUUGGAACAUACAUAAAUAUCUUCAGUCUCUUCAUGGCAUAUUGAUACCAGACAAGCCACAACUACCAAAGUUCUACACUAAGAUUGAUGAAGUGGAUCUCUCAGUCACCAUCUGUGGCCUCAAGUUCCCAAAUCCCUUUGGCCUGGCAUCUGCCCCACCCACAACAGCCUCUGCGAUGAUGCGACGAGCCUAUGAAGCAGGUUGGGGCUUCUGUGUCUCCAAAACCUUUGCUUUGGACAAGGAUAUGGUAACAAAUGUGUCACCUAGAAUUGUUCGGGGCACAACAUCCGGACAUAUCUAUGGUCCAGGCCAAGGAUCCUUCCUCAACAUUGAACUAAUCUCAGAGAAGACCUGUGCCUACUGGUUAGAGAGCAUCACUGAGCUCAAGAGGGAUUUCCCAGAUAAGAUUUUGAUUGCUAGUAUCAUGUGCAGCUACAAUGCAGAGGACUGGACAGAGUUGGCCAAGAAAGCAGAAGAGGCAGGUUCUGAUGCCCUUGAGCUGAAUCUCUCAUGCCCUCAUGGCAUGGGUGAAAGGGGUAUGGGUUUAGCCUGUGGACAGGAUCCUGAGCUAGUGCGCAACAUCUGCCGCUGGGUACGAGCAGCAACAACCAUUCCUUUCUUUGCCAAAUUGACUCCAAAUGUCACAAACAUUGUUUCUAUUGCAAAGGCUGCAUAUGAAGGUGGAGCUGAUGGUGUAACAGCCACAAAUACAGUGUCUGGUUUGAUGGGUCUUCGUCCAGAUGGUUCUGCUUGGCCAUCAAUUGGAAAAGAAAAGAAGACAACCUAUGGAGGAGUGUCUGGUAAUGCAAUUAGACCCAUUGCACUGCGUGCUGUGACAGCUGUUGCCCGUGCUCUUCCUGGCUUCCCCAUAUUAGCCACUGGUGGAAUUGAUUCUGCAGAUGCUGGGUUACAAUUCUUACUUGGAGGAUCUUCAGCUCUACAAGUAUGCAGCUCUGUUCAAAACCAAGACUUUACUGUGAUUGAGGAUUACAUCCUAGGGUUAAAGGCCUUGCUGUAUAUGCGUUCUGUGGAGUCCCUAAAGGACUGGAUGGGACAGUCACCUCCUACGCCCAAACAUCAGCUUGGCAAACCUGUUCCUGCUAUAACUGCAUCUACUGGAAAAGUCCUGCCAAACUUUGGUCCAUACCGGGACGAGAAAGAAAAGAAGAUUGCAGAACAUAAAGUUGAGGCUGACAUACUAGAACCAAAACCACAACCUCGGGUAACUGAUGACCCCAAGUAUGGAGUGCCAUCUAUUCAAGAGCUAAUUGGUCUAGCACUGCCAAUGGUAGGCACAUAUGGGGAGCUGGAUAAUAAGCAACAGAAGGUUGCACUCAUUGAUGAGGAUAUGUGUAUUAACUGUGGAAAGUGUUACAUGACCUGCAAUGACUCAGGUUACCAAGCCAUCACUUUUAAUGAAAGGACUCAUCUACCCCAUGUCUCUGAUGACUGUACUGGAUGCACACUUUGUGUAUCUGUCUGCCCCAUCAUUGACUGUAUUAGAAUGGUUGAGCGUGAAGGCCCAUACAUUCCCAAGAGAGGUGUCCCCUUGGAUACUGGUGUUGUACCUCGCAUUCCAGCAGUCGCUCCUAAUGAGCUUUCGUAUUCUAGCUGAAUAUCAUCCUAACAUCUUGCAGUUUUUCCAUGAAAUUACAUCAUGUAGUUUUUUACAUUUUAUGUAUACUGAUGCAGACUGUCAUGAAAGCUUAUGUACUCUUUAAGUAAUGAAAAGUAAAUUGAAUCUAUCAUUAUAUUCUUGAAUUCAUGUCAUACUCUAGCAAUGCCUGAAUGAUAGAAGGUAUUACAUUGAAUUUUAUUUCUUGUUGAUUUUGCUUGACUGAAUUGAUCAAUAUUCAGAAGCUAGGUUAUGGUCAGUUAAAUUAUCCCCCUCCCCUAAGAAAAAGAAGAAAAAAACAUACCUCAUUGAAUUUAAACAACAUUGAGAAAUGAUUUAGAAUUUAUACUCCUUAUAUAUCAUCAGCAUGGAAGUGCCUUGCCUUAUCCUAUAUAAAAUGAAUAUAUAAUGUAUAUUUUCUUUUCCUAAGUUUUGAGAUGAACAUUUGAAGAUGUUACAGUAUUAGAUUAUAAAACAAACUAUUGUCUUGCAUAGUAAAUAUAUAAUGUUGCUGAAUUUUUUUUUUCUGAAAUUCUGUAAUUUUUUGAAAUACAAUUAACCAAAUCUUAA